AAUUUGCCCCAUUCAACAUUUGACAAUCAAACAUGACAGUCUUUACGAACACCUUGGUAAUACUAUCAGUUCUACUAACAAUUGGUCAUUUGGUCCAGGCAGUGGCAAAGAAUAAAGUUUAUGAGCUAGAAGGGGUGGGAACCAUCUAUGUGGAAACCGAUCAGAAGUACAAUUGGUUUGAGGCUUGGGAUGAAUGUGCCAUUCAAAAUAUGUCUCUGAUAGCCGUGUAUUCGCCUGAGAAAAGUGCCGCAUUGACACAAAUUCUAAGAGACAACUCAGUUAAGGUCAAUUUAUGGCUGGGUGGCAAUGAUUUAGGCGAAGAGGGUCGAUUCGUUUGGGCUUCUAGUGGCAAAAAAUUUGCCUUUAGCAAUUGGAGCAAAGGCAAUCCCGAUAAUCAUAAUAAUGGCGAUUGCAUCAAUAUCUGGGAUGUCACCGAUUUCGAAUGGAACGAUGCUGCCUGCAACUAUACCAUCGGCUUUAUAUGCGAAGAGCAUCCGUUAUUGGUAGCAGCACGCAAGGAUUUGGAGGUGAAGAAAAAUUUCAUCGAACAGGUGUUGGCAAUGCAUUGAGAUGAAAGUAAAGGAAAUGGACUCAAACUUUUUUAUAAAAAUUAAAUUUUCGGGAAAUGUUUCUCCCAUACGUA